CGACUCAAAAAUUACCACGCUCCUACCACAAAAUCUUAUUUUGAAAUGUUAACCGGAACUUGAACCAAAACCUAGCAUUAGCAACCUAUCGUGAUUGUCGGUGUACUACCGGUCAGUGUUGCCAACAAACUGGCUGGUCAUGGGUGUGCUGCGGUGCUAUACGUUGUGACAACCGACGCCAAGAUGAUGAACGACAUCUCCGAGGAGCCCGAGAAGGACAACUUGCUCGAAGCUCCUCGAAAUUUAACGGCCCUCGGUAGUGGUGCAAGGCCUAAAAGUGGUGAUGUAGGCAUCAGGCCGACAGAGAAGAGAGGACCGUAUAUCAUGUCCAGGGCGCCAGCCAUCCACCUCAAACUACAAAAACACAGGGAGCUCGCCAGGAAAGCUCUAAAGAAGAAAGCUCUCGCACCGGGACCUGCUGUCAUGCAUCAGCCCAGACAAGGAACUAAGAGAAAAGUUAAGUUUAACAAGGGCUACACUGCUUUGAGUCAACAUGCAGAGGAAACUUUGAUUGCACUGGAUUCAGACAGUGAUGAAGAGAUUGAUUUUGAGCAGUGCUCCUCGGGCUACUCUUCGGCCGAGAUCCAUCCGGACUUGAGUCGUCAGCUGCUUCAGGACGGCUACCGCCUGGACGAGAUUCCCGACGACGAGGACCUGGACCUGAUCCCACCCAAAGCUAUGGGUUCCUCCGUGUGCUGCUGCAUCGAGACUCCGUCCUGCUGCACGCAGUGAAAGGCCACCGCUCCAUUGCGGGCCGCCAAAGCAGGUUUGUGGCCCGUGUCGGAGGCCGGCGCUUGCUGCCUUCUUGACGUUUCCCACUACGGAGCCGAGAGCCGGGGCUUCUUCUGAGUCGCAUCGCUGCGCAGGUGGACAACAGCAACAAAAAAAAAAAAAAGCCUUAUCCACUGUGACUCCAAAGCUUGACCUAUUUUUGUAUUUUUUUUUUUUUUUUUUUAAAUACGUCUAAUUGCAACUAGAGUGACUGGUGUGGACGUGUGUCAUCUUCAUGUUUUAUCUGCAAUUUCCUGACUGCUGUUACAUUCAUGUCACCUAUUCCUACAUUUACAAGCUUGUUGGAUUCAAAUAGGAUAUCAAGUACACAUUAUUGUGUAUGCAUGGAGUUGAGUACAGUCAUGCUUUUUGAAAAACGAAUAAUAUUGCUGGCGUUGAAGCCAAUGUUAUUUUUUUCCAAAUUAUCGACCAAUCUGAAAUGCUGACUUGCUCUCUUUGAUGAUGCAAUGCUAAUGGCUCAGUAAUCAUUCUGUCUUUUUUUUUGUCUUCCCUUUAUGAAACAUGCUGGUUUCGAAGAGGUUUCUGACCAACGGCAGUCAUAUGUCAUCAACAUUAACGCGCUUUAUUCCGGUAACAUUCCGUCUUCUAACAUUGCAACCUCUUUCUCGCAAAGUAGCAUUUUCGCGCAACAAUGCAAUGCUUUUUUUUUUAUAGCAACCUUUUUCCUUGUAGUCUUCCUAUAUUUUUUUUCUUUUCAGCGUGGUCCUAAGAGGCCUUCAUUAUCUCCUGUCAAAACGUUAACAACAUGAGCACUGUUUCCAAGCUACUAAAGCCAAUGAGUGAAGUGACAAGUACAGUGGGAAGGGUACGAACAUGUGAAAGUAAAAUAAUACACUAUAAAUGUAUUUAGUUUGGAAAAGAAUAUGCAUGUAGGCUAGGGUGUUAAACCAAAGGGGUUUCUGAUGUUUUGGGAGGCAACGUUAUGUCAAGUGUCGCGUUGGCGCUACAGUAGUCGAAUUAUUUAUAAUAUAUUUAUAACUUUGAGGUGGUUAGUAGGAAAAGAAUUGGUUUAUGUCACUUUUUUUUUCUUUUCACUUUGUAUGACAGAACUGUCAUUGGUGUGAAAAACAAAGGGCAAGUACUUUGCUUUUUAUGCACUGUACAUUUGUGGAAUGGAAGAGCAUUUUUCUUGAUGAUCAGUGGUUUCAGCCCGCACGAUACGUUAACUCGUGUCGUGGUGUUCUUCUCGAGGAGGCAAAGCACUUAUUCUAUAAAACGCAUCGUAAAGCGCCCUCAAAUGACUUUCUGACGCAAUCGAUGAACAAAUGUUUGAUGUUAAAGGCGUAUGUGUGCUAUCGACAAAAGUUUUCAUACAGUGUGCCAAGAGUAGGUUUGUGCUCAUUUUAUUGCAUUUUAGCUCAAUAACAUUUGCUACAUGUCCUCAAGACACAACAAGACCGUUUGAAACGUCACAAUAGCAGACAUGGCACCGUGAAGAACUCCAAGGAAUUUUGUCCUGUAUGAUCUUAUCUGUGGAUAGUUUUAGCUGAAACUUGUCAGCCAAGGUUGAAGUGGCCAUUCCAGUGACACUCAGCAUAUUGACUUUGAUUUGGGGGACAUUUUGUCACGUUUCUAGUUUCAGGGACUGUGAGUUCACCAUCCAUACUUCCUCCUCAUUCUCCUCCCUACCUCCUUAUCUGCCUUCACUUCCUUCAUUUGAAAGUCCUAAAAAAAAAUACCUCCUUUUGGCCCAUUUUAGUUUAACAUCAGUGGUUGGUAGCAAAAGUCAACAUAUGUUAUGCAACCGCUGGACAAUCUACAUAUAUUAUUUUACAAUGCGUGUAUGUUUAUUUUUUAAUAGGACUGCUGUUUUAUUGGUUUACAAUACAUGAUAAAAUAAAAGAUCCAUUCUGA